AUGUGGUUCGGCGUGGCACCGCCCAGCCCCGCACAUUUGACUCGAAAAGAAGCACAUCUUCACCGUCUAGAGCGAGACAAGGAGCUCGAGAAUGAGAGGCAUCAUGUGCAGCAGUCUCCACGGCGAGGACACCAAGCGCACAAUUCGUUAACUUCAGGGUCAUUGAGUUCAAGACAACGAGAAGUUCACGAUAAGAAGACCAUGGUGACUCCACGAAGGCAAACGAAGAGAUUUCGAGAAGGCACACGAGGAGUAGAUAGAAGUCGAGACAAUUCGGACAAGCAGCAGGCAAAAACACGAGAUCAUGACUUGCAACCAGAACACGGAGAUGCUCAUAUUAUUGGAAAGGCAAGCGGAGAAGAGCUGCUUCAGUUGAUGGAAGGAUGCCAAAUUGGGCCAGCGAUCGCAAAUGGAGACGGUGUUCAGCGGCAACAAGGCCAGGUUCGGGGCUCGAGUAGGGAGAUCGAAGCCCGGUUUCCUGGAACAUUGGCAAGAGAACUGAAAUCGCCCCAGGUUCUGGAAAACCAAACUGACAUCCCACCGCUGACUUCGCGGACGCGUCGAUCUUCAAUCCAUAGAGCUACGCAGUCACCACGGAUAGACACCGACAGGUUCGUGGAAGGCAAUAAUUCCAGUCGAGAAUGGUCAACAGCACCCGCUCCGUUUGCAUCGUUGCGUCCGGAGCAUCUGGUGGGGCACGUUGCAAGUGUUUGCGCUCUUGUAGUGCACGAUGAUCGCUUUAUUCAGAUGGAUCCGUUUGCUUUUGGGAUAUUAGUUCCCUCGGCUUUAAUCCAGAGCAUUGCUCAGAUCUACCGUGUAUCAGGAUCUACUACGUUCACAAGACCACUGUCCAAUGCAUUGUCGACAUGA